CGUAGGUCUGCCUUUACGUCGAACGGAGCCCUUCUGCGCAGAUACGUGCCCUUCCCGCAGUAAAGAGCUGAGGGACAGCGGAGAAAAGAGGCUUUCUCCUUUGCUGAAAGGUGUGGUGUGUGUGACUCGCCAGUCCCGGGAUAAUUUUAAAUCAAGAGGCUGGCAAAAAACAACUUACUCUGGCCGGCUGGGCGCCGCUGCCCCCGCCCGCCCAGGUGGGCCUGAAUAGGGGGCUUGUGCGCGGCGGCCCCACCCCCACCUGCCCGCCCUCUCCGGCCCCGCCCCGCCCCGCCCCGCCAGCGCACUGUCGGCCCGACCCGUCGCGACCGCUCAGAGCGAGCUCAGCCAUGGCCCGAGCACCCGCACUCGCCCUGCUCUUGCUGGGACAGCUCCUGGCGGCCACAGGGGCCCAGAAAGUGGGACCCCCUGGCCCUCCGGGCCCCCAAGGGCCACCUGGAAAGCCAGGGAAGGACGGCAUUGAUGGCGAAGCUGGUCCUCCAGGUCUGCCUGGGCCUCCGGGACCAAAAGGGGCCCCAGGGAAGCUGGGGAAACCAGGAGAGGCUGGGCUGCCGGGACUGCCGGGUGUGGAUGGUCUGACGGGGCGGGAUGGACCUCCUGGACCCAAGGGCGCCCCUGGAGAACGGGGAAGUCUGGGACCUCCAGGGCCACCUGGUCUAGGGGGCAAAGGCCUCCCCGGAGCCUCUGGAGAGGCAGGAGUGAGCGGCCUCCCAGGUGGGAUUGGCCUCCGUGGCCCACCGGGACCCUCUGGACUGCCAGGCCUCCCUGGCCCCCCAGGACCUCCUGGACCAGCUGGACACCCAGGGGUCCUCCCCGAAGGUGCUACUGACCUUCAGUGCCCAAGUAUCUGCCCUCCAGGUCCCCCUGGUCCCCCAGGAAUGCCAGGGUUCAAGGGACCCACUGGCUACAAAGGGGAGCAGGGAGAAGUCGGCAAAGACGGUGAGAAGGGUGACCCCGGCCCCCCUGGUCCUGCUGGCAUCCCAGGCACUGUGGGGCUACAGGGCCCCCGGGGGCUAAGAGGACUGCCAGGGCCACUUGGGCCCCCUGGGGACCGGGGUCCCAUUGGGUUCCGAGGGCCCCCCGGGAUCCCUGGAGUACCUGGGAAAGCGGGUGACAGAGGUGAGAGGGGCCCAGAGGGUUUCCGAGGCCCCAAGGGUGACCUGGGCAGACCUGGUCCCAAGGGAGCCCCUGGAGUGGCUGGGCCAGUUGGAGAGCCGGGCAUGCCAGGCAAGGAUGGCCGGGACGGAGUGCCAGGACUUGAUGGCGAGAAGGGGGAGGCUGGUCGCAAUGGUGCUCCGGGAGAGAAGGGUCCCAGUGGGCUGCCGGGCCUCCCUGGACGAGCUGGGUCCAAAGGCGAGAAGGGGGAACCGGGCAGAGCUGGAGAGCUGGGCGAGGCUGGCCGCUCGGGAGAACCAGGCAUCCCUGGAGAUGUCGGCGUGCCUGGGGAGCGUGGCGAGGCUGGCCACAGGGGCUCAGCGGGGGCCCUUGGCCCACAAGGCCCUCCCGGGGCCCCUGGUGUGCGAGGCUUCCAGGGCCAGAAGGGCAGCAUGGGAGACCCCGGCCUUCCAGGCCCUCAGGGUCUCCGAGGAGAUGUAGGUGACAGGGGCCCUGGAGGUGCCGCAGGCCCUAAGGGCGACCAGGGUGUCGCUGGUUCUGACGGUCUUCCUGGUGAUAAAGGAGAGAUGGGUCCCAGUGGUCCUGUCGGAUCUAAGGGAGAGUCUGGCAGUCGAGGGGAGCUGGGCCCCAAAGGUAUCCAGGGUCCCAAUGGCACCAGCGGCAUCCAGGGUGUCCCAGGGCCCCCUGGCCCCCUGGGCUUCCAGGGCAUCCAGGGUGUCCCCGGCAUCACUGGGAAACCAGGAGUUCCGGGGAAGGAAGCCAGCGAGCAGCACGUCCGGGAGCUGUGUGGGGGCCUGAUAAGUGAGCAAAUUGCACAGUUAGCUGCACACCUGCGUAAGCCUCUAGCGCCGGGGUCCAUUGGUCGGCCUGGCCCGGCUGGCCCCCCAGGGCCCCCAGGGCCCCCAGGCUCCAUCGGCCACCCUGGUGCUCGAGGACCCCCUGGAUACCGUGGUCCCACCGGUGAACUGGGAGACCCCGGGCCCCGAGGAAACCAGGGUGACAGAGGGGACAAAGGUGCAGCUGGCCCAGGCCUGGAUGGGCCCGACGGAGACCAGGGGCUCCCAGGACCACAAGGCGUGACUGGGGUCAGCAAAGAUGGCCGGGACGGCGCUCACGGUGAGCCGGGGCUGCCUGGCGACCCAGGGCUACCUGGCGCUGUGGGUGCCCAGGGGACUCCUGGAAUCUGUGACACCUCAGCCUGCCAAGGAGCCGUGUUAGGAGGUGCUGGGGAGAAAUCUGGUCCAAGAAGCUCAUAAAACGGAACUUAGGGAAGUGAAGAAGUGACAGCGACUGAAGCAACAGCUGUUAGAAACAGCGUCCAGCACGCCAGCCAGUCCAGGGUGCCCCCACCCUGCCCUCCAUGCCCUCAAUAGUGGCCAACUGGACACUCAGUCCCUGAGAGCUGCCGUCUGAGUGUCCUGUCCCGAGUCUAUUUGCAGCUGCCCCCUCCUCUGUGAUGGCAUACCUCACACACAGGCCCCAGGCAGUA